AUGCAGAAGAUUCUUGUCCUUUUGGCUGCUGCCGCCUCUGUUGCCGUCGCCGACCCUAUCGUCUACCUGAUCCGUCACGGCGAGAAGCCCAGCAAUGGAUCCGAUGGAUUGAGCGCCGAGGGUCUCGAGCGCGCACAGUGCCUCACCAACGUUUUCAGUGCUAGCUCUGCAUAUGAUAUUGGGUACAUUAUGGCUGAGACACCCAAGAGUGAUGGAGCCCGUGAUCGUCCGUACUUGACCGUCGAGCCCCUCGCUGAAGAACUUGGCCUGACUGUCGAUACUUCCUGCGGAAAGACCGAUUACAGCUGUGUCAAGGAUGUCGUUGAUGCCUACGAUGGAGAUGGAAACAUCCUGAUUUGCUGGGAGCACGAUGCGCUUACUGAUAUUGUGUCGGAGCUGGGAGAUGAUGAUGCCCCUACUUAUCCUGAUGACAGCUAUAACAUCAUCUGGACGGAUCCUUCCCCCUAUACUAGCAUUACGGCCGAGACUAGCGAGGAUUGCCCUGGAUUUGAUGAUUAG